AUGCCCGUCGAAGUCAGCCUCAACACGCCCCUGGCCGAGGCUCUCAAUGCCGCCAUCCAGCCCAAACUCGUCGAGGUUGGAUGGGGAACUGGCGGUGCCGAUGACUCCGCCCUAGCAGAGUAUAUUAUACUCAUGCUUGUGAACGGGAAGUCUCAGGACGAAAUCGCCGCUGAACUCUCGGGAGAUCUACUUGGCCUUGGCUCGGACGACCCCAGCACUCGCAACUUCUCUCAGUGGCUCUUUGAACAGAUCGAUGCUCUAAAUGCUCAGUUCAACGGCGGGGGCAAUGCAGCACCUGGUACAAGUCAAGACGCGACAACAGAAGGCGAUGUGGAUACAGACAUGAAUGCUGGUGAUGUGUCAGAAUUGAAUGCGUAUGCCAACCCCAUCAUAUUACCUCGUAUCACCAAAUCACUGACUUCUACUAGACCUACCGGCCCACGCUCAAUGCGAAACGGUAACCAGCGCGGGGGACGUGAUAAGCGCAUGUUCGGACAGAUGAACAAAGCCAUGGACCGAGCUGGCGAUUCUGCACUUCACCGUGUUAGAGGCCAAACAGGAAGCGAACGUAUCAACACUCAUGGCCGUACACCGCCAAAUGGGCCCAGAACAGGCCGGGGUGGAAUUGGGCGACACAAUAACCGCACUGCUAACCUUCAGGCUGGUCUCGCUAACAUGGCUGCUGGCGGUCCUCAGGCGCAGUGGAUGAUGCAAGGUGGCCAGCCUAACUCGGCCGAGUUCGCCGCUAUUCUGGAACAACAGAGCCAGAUGAUGCUUCAAAUGCAACAGAUCAUGAGUGGUGGUGGAUUUCAGGGUCCAUAUGGACAUCAACGCCGUGGAGGAAAGUCUCUAUUUGACCGAACGCAACACCCCGGCAGAGGUAACUACCGCAAGGGUUUCAACGACCGACAGAGCGGCAAUAAUGCUGGUUUCGAGGGCGAGGGCGAGGAUGUCGACAUGUCCGGUGAGAAACGUGAGCAACUGAACCCGGACGAGACGGUUUGCAAGUACAACUUGAGAUGUACCAACAAGGACUGCAAGUUUGCCCACCAGUCACCCGCCGCCCCUCAGGGAACAUCGGUCGAUGUAAACGAUAACUGUAGUUUCGGAGCUGCGUGCAAGAACCGAAAAUGCGUCGCGCGGCAUCCUUCACCAGCGGCCCGUCUAGCCCACCAGAGCGAACUAGACUGCAAGUUCUUCCCCAACUGCCAAAAUCCUCAGUGCCCUUUCAAGCACCCAUCAAUGCCUCUUUGUCGAAACGGCGCUGGCUGCACAAAUGCCGACUGCAAAUUCACUCACGUCAAGACCAAGUGCAGGUUCAACCCUUGCCUCAACCCGAGCUGCGCUUUUGCGCACGAGGAAGGUCAGCAAGGUGGCUUUAAGGACAAGGUCUGGACCGCUGGUGAAAGCACAGAGCACCCCAGUGAGAGAAAGUUUGUGGAUGACCAAGCUCCUGAAGAGCUCAUCAAGGGGGAGGAAACCGAUGUUAAGCAGGAGACUGAUGUCAUUGGUUAA